AUGGCUCUUGGUGACUGCGAAACAGUGCGGUUACAAGCUUCCUUCCGAUGCGGGUCCAGAAAGUCCCUCCCUCAGAAUCAGGCACUGAAGAUUCCAUUGAAGCACAUCCCGGACAUGGCACAGUCGAUCGUGGAAAAUGGUGAGCCGGCUCGUAUACAAAGUCCCGCAAGUAUCGUCACCAUCCCCAAGCGAGCUGUUGCAACACGAAAGUUAUUCUCCGAAGAAAUGCAGCAAGGCCUUCUCAGCGGCAAUAAAGCAUCCCAUUCAAGCCACAGUUAUUUUGUAAAGGAAUUGGAAAAGAGCUUGGAGACUCUGAUUGCAAACUCACCCUCGCAAUCCCCCAGUACCACGUCGGAAGGAAGCACGACUGGCACUGUCAUCGCUACCGCGCCGAACAGAUUCGACUGCUUGCAGGUCGAGGACGUCGAAGAGGAUGACAACAGCGAGGCCAUGGUUCACGCGCCUGGCAACCAUACCAAGGAAGAGGCCGAGCAGACUUUCGAGGUCAUUGAUGAGUCUGAGCAGCAGCUCGAGAGACUGGUGAUUCUGCAUGACUAUCUCAAGGAGCUCUAG